AUGCAUCACAAUCGUAUGCCAACCUUCCGUGAGAGCCUGAAGCGCCUGGCUCGGUCAGCCGAUGUCGUCGCCGCCGAACUAGAUCAGGCCGGUUACAGCAACUAUAACUUCUCGCCCGAAAAUUCUCCCUUUGAUCUGUCUUUCCUCAGUUGCGAGGGCCUCGCUGCUCGCGGAGACCUGAUCACCGCAGCAGAGACCAUCCUGAGACUCGCCAAAGGCCCACAGGAAAGCCUCUCUGUCUUCGCCGAGAAGGGAAUCGAGAAUGGGACUCUCCAGGCUUUGAUCCAGCUGGAGGUCCCGCAGCAGGUGCCUUUGCACGGAUCAAUGACCUACGCGGAAUUGGCAGCGCGCGUGCAGGUUUCGCCCGAACUACUGCAACGAUUCAUCCGACUGGCCGCGUUGGCCGGAUUCCUGGUCGAGGAUGAGAAUGGCCUAGUCCGUCACACCGCCAUGUCGGCCGUCUUCUUGCGCGAUCAGGCUGUCGCGGACAUGACCCGGUUCAUGUGCGAUGUCGACGCACGCGCGGCCACCUAUUUUCAUGAUUCCAUUCGUCUUGAUCCGAAGGGAACCACAGUCUCCCAAGGUCCGGCGGCCCUGGCGCUGCAUCCGCGCGACUACGAGAACGAGUCGCGGCGAACGAUCUGGGAAGUCUUGGAGAGCGAUCCGGUGCAGAACGCGCGGUUUCAUUCGAGUAUGACGGCCUUGCUGGCGUCUCCAUCGCACUCUCUUAAGCAUAUUGCAGGUGCGGUGGACUGGAGUCGGUUUCGCACCGUGGUUGAUGUCUGUUGGUGGGUCCCUCGGUCAAGCAUCUCUCGCAAUUGCAGAGAAAGCGCCCAACAUCCGAGUCAUCGUGCAGGACCUCCCCGAGGUUGUCCAGAGAGGAAAGGACUCGCUGCCCCCUGUGCCAUGGGCUGGCCAGAUCACAUUCGAGCCCCAUGA